AUGAGCCCCCAUGCAGAUGUCACGUCAGCCAAUGACUGUCAAAAUUCCCAAACAGCAAUACCAUCGAGGCUCUACGCAAUCGAAGAUCUUCCUAAGGUGUCUAGUCUGGCACACAUCUGCAAUCGCACUGUCAGCAAGAAGAAUUAUCCCUUGGCUUCUGAUGUGCAAAAGAACAUCCCCAUCUACAACCUGGCUCAACACAAGUCCGACAAAACAACGGCAGACAAGCUCCAGGAUGAGUGGUAUGAGAUUCUAGCCAACGGUCCCGGUGUUUUCGUGGUUCAGAAUAUGUAUACCGACAAAUCUGUACUCGACGCGACAAACGACGCCUUCCGUCAAAUCAUCGAACGCGAGAAGUCGAACACGAGAGGUGACCACUUUGGUCAUGGGAAAAACGAGCGUAUUUGGAACUCUCUGAGCAAACAUGGUCUGCAGGACCCAAAGUCUUUCGUACAGUACUACUCCAACCCGUGGCUAGCUCGAGUUUGUGAAGCUUGGCUCGGACAGCAAUACCGUAUCACAGCUCAAACAAACAUUGUCAAGCCUGGGNGAGCAGCGCAAACCAGUCACCGCGACUACCAUCUAGGUUUUCAGACUGCAGAGGGAUGUUCAAGGUUUCCCAAAGGUAUCCAAUACGCGAGCCAGUUCCUGACGCUGCAAGGUGCUGUGGCGCAGAGCGACAUGCCGCUGGAGAGUGGUCCUACGCGCUUUCUUCCAUUUAGUCAGAAACUCGACUCAGGUUACAUGGCUUAUCGUCAGCCUGAAUUCGAUCAGUACUUUAGUGAACACUGGGUUUCGCUGCCACUGAAANAAGGCGAUGGCGUGUUCUUCAACCCAGCCCUCCACCAUGCUGCUGGCAACAAUACAUCCGAUGUCGACAGAAGCGCAAAUCUCCUUCAGAUCAGCAGCGCAUUUGGAAAGCCUAUGGAGCAGAUCGACGCGAUACCGCUUGUCAGAACAUGCUGGCCGGAAAUUGCAAGCCUCUUCAAGACAGAAGGGUUGUCUGAUCGUGUAGAAACUAUUGUUGCAGCCAUUGGCGAGGGCUAUCCGUUUCCGACAAACCUUGACAAAAGACCACCUGCUCCUAGUGGUAUGGCUCCAAGCAAUGAGCAAGAUGUGAUGCGGGAAGCAAUCAAGGCAGUUUGGGACACUGAUCAGGUCAUCGUAGCGUUGACGCAGAUGAGAUUCGAUAGCCAGCCAUAA